GUACCCCCACUCUCCCCUGUUAAAAACCUUGGGGUGCCUUCUCUGGUGUUGCAGACGGCGGACAGCCUGGAUAACAUAGCUCCGCAUAUUCCAAGGGUUCGAGUCGAGUUCUAUGUGAAUGAAAACACAUUAAAAGAGCGCUUACAGUUAUUCUUCAUUAAAAACCAAAGAUCAAGUCUGAGAAUCCGUAUUUUCAAUCUGAUUGUCAAACUUGUCGCGUGCUUACUUUAUGUCAUUAGAGUCGUGCUCGAUCGAGGCCCUUCCUAUGCAGUAUGUUACGACUGUCCUCCCAUCAACGUCACACUUCCCAAGGUAUACGACGACGCUGCGGUGGACAGGCCUUCAGAACAUAUCUACUGGAAAGCUAUUCUGUGGGUUGACCGUCCGUUACCAUUGUGGGUUGUUCAGGUGUCACUAUCUGUAAUUAGUUUACUAGAGGCCUUACUAAUUGCUUAUUUAGGGUAUAAGGGAAAUGUUUGGCAACAAUUUUUAUCCUCCAAUUUCGUUCUGGAGCUAGUGAAUAACGUACCGUUUGUUGUCACACUCUUUUGGGCGCCCCUUAGAAAUCUAUUUAUUCCUGGUUUCCUCAACUGCUGGCUCGCGAAACAUGCUUUAGAAAAUAUGUUUAACGACCUGCACCGGGCCAUGCAAAGGUCUCAAUCCGCCCUUUCCCAAAGACUUAUGGUCCUUUCAGCAACACUUCUGUGCCUCAUCUUCACGAGUGUCUGUGGUUUCCAGCACUUCCAGCGGUCCGGCAACCACGAGGUGGACCUCUUCAAAAGCCUUUACUUCGUGGUGGUCACCUUCUCAACCGUCGGCUACGGCGACUACCGGCCGGACGUCUGGCCCUCGCAGCUCUUCAUGGUCGUCAUGAUAUGCGUCGCGCUCAUCGUCUUGCCCACUCAGUUCGAGCAACUCGCUUACACUUGGAUGGAGCGGCAGAAGUUGGGCGGGACGUACAGCAUGCACAGAGCUCAAAGCGAAAAGCACGUCGUGGUGUGCAACACAACACUCCGGGCUGACACUAUCAUGGACUUCCUCAAUGAGUUCUACGCACACCCACUCUUACAGGACUUCUAUGUUGUGCUGCUCUCCCCGUGCGAGCUGGAUGCCACGAUGAAAAUGAUUCUCCAAGUGCCCAUGUGGGCCCAAAGGGUGAUUUAUAUCCAGGGCUCAGCUCUCAAAGACACAGACCUGACUAGAGCUAGAAUGAAUGCAGCAGAAGCUUGCUUCAUACUUGCAGCGAGAAACUAUGUGGAUCGAUGCGCGGCGGACGAGCACACCAUUCUAAGGUCGUGGGCAGUUCGUGAUUUCGCUCCUAACGUUCCUCAGUACGUGCAGAUCUUCCGUCCUGAAAAUAAAGUGCACGUUGCAUUUGCUGAGCACGUUGUGUGUGAGGACGAAUUCAAGUACGCGCUGCUGGCCAACAACUGCCUUUGCCCCGGCACCUCCACCCUCGUCACGCUGCUGCUGCACACAUCAAGGGGACAAGAAGGCCAGACCUCCGCCGAGGAAUGGCACCGCCUGUACGGGAAGUGCUCUGGGAAUGAGAUCUACCACAUCCGGCUGGGCGACAGCAGAUUUUUCGGAGAAUACGAGGGAAAGAGCUUCACUUACGCUUCCUUCCAUUCACACCGAAAGUACGGAGUGGCUUUGGUCGGCGUCCAGACGGACAUCCCGGACACGUGGCCCAUCAUGUUGAAUCCCGGCCCCUCCUACCACAUGCAGUCCUCCGACAUCUGCUUCUACAUGAACAUCACGAAGGAGGAAAACAGCGCCUUCCUGCCCGCGGGCGGGGACGAAGAGGCGGGAAGGGCCAGGAGCCCAAAUGUGUCCACGCUGCAGCUGCACAUGAGCGAGUCCGGCGAUUACAAAUCCUUUGAGAUGAGCCCUAUGAAGUCGAAGUUCGCCUUGAAGCUGAAGCGCAAGUUCGGCAAGCACCUGGACUUGCCCAAAAUGGACGGGGGUCCGGCGGACAGUUUCAGCUCCUCCCUGGCCAGGGGACGCAGGCCGAGCAUUGCGCCCGUUCCGGCCAUGUUCGGGCAGGACUCGUCCAGCUCCGAAGCUGAAGAGGAGGAGGAGGAGAGCAGCAAAGGGCAGCAGGAAGAAGAGGAGGAAAAUUACCUUGACAUACCGUGGAUUACCCCGGCUGAGAAUUGCGAGAUUGUGAAAGGAUUUCCUCCAGUUUCUCCUUAUGUCGGUGUAAGUCCAACGCUCUGCUAUUUGCUUCGAGAGAAGAAGCCUUUGUGUUGUUUGCAGCUAGCUCAAGUGUGCGUCCACUGCUCGUUCCGCAAUGCCAAAGAGUACAACUGGCCCAGCAGGUGCAUCAUCCUGGCGGCCGACUUCGCUUCCAAUGGUAUCUACAAUUUCAUUGUUCCUCUCCGCGCUCACUUCCAUCUGCCGCAGACGCUCAGACCAAUCAUACUACUGCUCGAAAGGAGGCCACAUGAAGCUUUUCUGGAUGCGAUUUCUUGGUUUCCAUUAGUGUACUGGAUGCAAGGAUCAAUCGAUAACCUGGACGAUCUCUUGCGUUCCGGCAUCAACCUAGCGGACAGCGUGGUGGUGGUAAACAAGGAAUCCACGAACUCGGCGGAGGAAGAUUUCUUAGCCGACUGCAACACAAUUGUGGCCGUCCAGACGAUGUUCAAGAUGUUUCCCAGCGUGAGGAUAAUAACUGAGCUGAGUCAGUCCAGUAAUAUGAGGUUCAUGCAAUUCAGAGCUAACGACACGUACGCACUGCACCUAUCCAAGAUGGAAAAGAGUGAACGCGAAAGAGGAUCUCACAUUUCGUAUAUGUUUCGUUUGCCGUUCGCUGCUGGAAGUGUUUUCAGUGCCAGUAUGCUGGACACCUUAUUAUAUCAAGCUUUUGUAAAGGAGUACAUGAUAACGUUCGUCAGGCUUCUGCUCGGUAUCGAUCAGGCACCAGGAUCAGGAUUUCUCUCUUCCAUGAAGAUAACCAAAGAGGAUAUGUGGAUUCGAACUUACGGGCGACUGUACCAAAAACUCUGCUCAUCCACCUGUGAGAUUCCCAUCGGAAUAUACAGGACACAAAUGGCGGGACCAUGUGAAGCCUCCACAGUAUCUUUGGAGUUAGCCGACAGUGAAAGGAACAGAAUCACUUCCGAUAUCGAAAGACAAGAAAUCAGCAACCUGGUCAAGAAUCGGAUGAACGAUCUAAGGCUGCCUACAGAAGAUUACGAUGACGUGUCUGAGAAAAGGAAUGGCCUUUCUUACGUGAUAAUAAAUCCUAGCUGUGACCAGAAACUGGAGCUAGGCGAUGUGAUAUUUCUCAUAAGGCCAAGUCCUAUAUCUAGUAUCAAGAUUUUCAUGAAGAGGGGUUCGGUACGCGCCAAAUCUGCGCCAAAACCAAAAAGGGAAAGAAGGAGAGGAGACACCUCGGAAGAAUCUUUACAGGCUGAACCUCUGUUGGCCGAACAAUCCCAACAAGAAAAUGGCACCAUUCUCAUCCCCAACAAAGGUUCCAUAGACGUCGAGAUCACCCCACCGGCAGAGGGCGUUAGAGGAACGAUUGUGUGAUAAGGGAAAAAAGAAAAUCAACUGCUGAUUUAUUUUUCACGAAUCAGAUCUUCUAGAAGAAAAAUAUAUGAGACAGGUGCAUUACACAUAUCUUGCAGUAUUCGUACUACGUUCUGUAUGAGUAUAUGUGUGUAUAUAUAGAAUAGUUGGACUGUACAUUUUCACUACGUGCAUGCCGGCGGCGUAACAUAUUUUCCACAUAAAAAAAACUAUACAUUUCACUAAUGUUCAUUUAUAUUUUAGGUAUUCAAUGUGCUUGAGUUGCAUAAUUUGUAAAUAUGAACCUGUGUGAUGUCGAGCUCCAGUUAUUUUCGGAGAUUUCAUUUGCAAGUGUCAGAGU